AUGGCCGAGGUUGUUACUACUCAGCCCACUCAGCACGCCUUCAAGGAUGGCUACCUCGUCAACGAUGGCCUUCUCAAGCCGGACAUGAUUGGGUCAUUGAGACCCUCUUACCCCUCCGAGUCCAUCGAUGUUCUUCAAGCCCGCUAUGAAAAAGACGGAUAUCUCUUCAUGAAGGGCAUUCUCCCCCGAUCCGAUGUCCUCAACUGCCGUGAAGCCUACUUCAAAUUCCUCAGUCCGUCGGGCGUCUUGCAGCCUGACUCUAAGCCUGUGGAUGGCAUCUACAACGCUGAGAAUAAGGGCAUCGACUUUCCUAGCAUUGGUGCCGGACCUUGCUUAGAAGGGCAGACAGGUCCAGGCUCGUUCGCCGAUCUCGCCGAAAAGGCACACACCGAGCCUUGGUACCUCGAGUUUUCCAACCAUCCCGAUCUGCGAGACUUUGUCGCCAAGCUCAGGGGCUGGGGGGAGGAUACCUUUCUACUAAAGAGGUCUCUUCUGAGAAACAACACUCCUCACAACAAUGCCAUUGGCGUUCAUUACGACCAGAGCUUUCUCCGGUAUGGCGAGCCUACCUCGGUGACUGCCUGGAUUCCAAUUGGAGAUAUCCGCCUCCAGGGUGGUGGUUUGAUCUAUCUCGAAGAUAGUGAUGCUCUUGGUCAGCAGCUCGAGGACGAGUUCAACAGGAAAGCCAAAGAAUGUGGCAUGUCAGAAAAGGAGCGAAAUGACGCUUUCAACGCAAACAUGAUGAGUACUGGGUGGCUCGGUUACGGGCCCAUCCAGUUCAGCAAAGACAAUGGGAACGGAAAAUGGCUUUUGACAGAGUACGAAGCCGGCGACGUUGUGUUUCACAAGCCUCACAUGAUCCAUGCAUCAACGAUCAACAAAGACCCCGAGAACCGAAUCCGGCUUGGUACAGAUCUCCGCUUUGUAGACUCAUCCAAGCCCCACGACACGCGAUGGUCGGCUCCUUAUCGUUUCGACGAUGGCCUGUAG